AUGGUUGGAGGAGCUCUGGAAUCUGAUCAGAUCCUGGCUAUGUUGACCUUGAACGAAGAUUUCGAUCCCAUGGCUGUGGUGGCCGAACCGCUACCUUCUCCGGUGACAAAUGGAAUCGGAGCAGACGACGAGGAGAGCCUGAAAAAGACGGAGGUUAACGGCGGAGAAAGAGAAAUGGUUCUUGGCAGGAAUGUUCACACGACUUCCCUUGCCGUAACUGAGCCGGAGGUGAACGACGAAUUCACCGGAGACAAGGAGGCUUACAUGGCUAGCGUUCUAGCCCGUUACCGAAAAACUUUGGUUGAACGGACCAAAAACCAUCUAGGGUAUCCAUAUAACUUGGAUUUCGACUACGGAGCUCUUGGGCAGUUACAGCAUUUCUCCAUUAACAAUCUUGGAGAUCCGUUUAUAGAAAGCAACUAUGGCGUACACUCGAGGCCUUUUGAAGUUGGCGUCUUGGAUUGGUUUGCUCGUCUCUGGGAGAUUGAGAGAGAUGACUAUUGGGGUUACAUCACCAAUUGUGGUACAGAAGGAAACCUUCAUGGAAUUUUAGUUGGGCGAGAGGUGUUUCCUGAUGGGAUUUUGUAUGCAUCGCGUGAGUCCCAUUACUCUGUUUUUAAGGCAGCUCGUAUGUAUAGAAUGGAGUGUGAGAAGGUUGAUACGCUCAUCUCUGGGGAGAUUGACUGUGAUGAUUUCAGACAGAAACUCAUGGCAAACAAAGAUAAACCGGCCAUUCUUAAUGUUAACAUAGGAACAACUGUCAAAGGAGCUGUCGAUGAUCUCGACCUUGUAAUCAAAACUCUUGAAGAGUGUGGCUUUUCACAUGACAGGUUCUAUAUUCAUUGUGAUGGUGCUCUGUUUGGACUUAUGAUGCCUUUUGUCAAACGCGCACCAAAAGUGACCUUCAAUAAACCAAUUGGAAGUGUAAGUGUGUCGGGCCACAAAUUUGUCGGGUGUCCAAUGCCUUGUGGUGUUCAAAUAACAAGAAUGGAACACAUCAAAGUCCUCUCGAAUAACGUUGAGUACCUGGCAUCGAGGGAUGCAACAAUCAUGGGAAGCCGGAAUGGGCAUGCCCCUUUGUUCCUAUGGUACACCCUAAACAGAAAAGGGUACAAAGGAUUCCAGAAAGAAGUUCAGAAAUGCCUGAGAAACGCGCAUUACCUCAAAGACAGACUCCGUGAAGCCGGGAUCAGCGCUAUGCUCAACGAGCUUAGCAGCACUGUGGUCUUUGAACGGCCUAAAGAUGAAGAAUUUGUGAGAAGGUGGCAGCUCGCGUGCCAAGGUGAUAUAGCUCAUGUGGUGGUGAUGCCAAGUGUUACAAUUGACAAGCUCGAUAAUUUUCUGAAAGACCUGGUCGAACAUAGAUCGGUCUGGUAUGCGGAUGGAUCUCAACCACCAUGUCUUGUAUCGGAGGUAGGAACCCACAACUGCAUCUGCCCAGCUCACAAGUGA